GGCCGGUGACGUCGGCUGGAAGCCCCCUUUCUUCUCCGCUGGUGACGACGAGACAAAGAAGAGGAGGCUCGCGGCAGAGCUUGCCAACGGACGCCUGGCCAUGAUGGCCAUCGUCGGCAUGUUUUUCCAGGACGGCUUGACCGGCUCGGCAUGGGGCGACUGGGCGAACUACACAGCGUCGCCGCUGCGCGCGUUCGAGGGCGAACUCGGUGUGCAAGCGCCAGUCGGAUUUUGGGACCCCUUGGGCCUCUCUGCCGAUGGCGACAUGGACACCUUCAAGCGCCGACGCGCUGUCGAGCUGAAGCACGGGCGCAUUUGCAUGCUGGCCUGCGUGGGCUACAUCGUCCCGGAGUACUUCCGCUGGCCCGGCUACCUCUCCCCCGAGAAGGGCCUCAAGUUUUCGGAGAUGCCCCAUGGCAUCGCAGCGAUCUCGAAGGUCCCUCUCGAGGGCUGGCUGCAGAUCGUUCUUUUCAUCGGCCACUACGAGGGAUAUUUCUGGCGCCAAGAUGCCAAGCGAGCGCCGGGUGACUUCGAAGGCUAUGGCUUCCUGGGUGUGGGCAAGAACUUCAUUAUCAACGUGGACCCGAUCGAAUUCCAGGACGGGUUUUACGGAGAUCCGAGUGUCUAUGGGGACCAGGUUGGUUCUUUCAUAUGA